AUGGCUUCUAUCUUUGAGAACGUUCCUGGCGCACCCGCUGAUGUCAUUUUCGCCUUGACUGCCGCCUACAAGGCCGACACCGACCCCAAGAAGGUCAACCUCGGUGUUGGUGCCUACCGCACUGAGGAAGGCAAGCCCUGGGUCCUCCCCGUCGUCCACAAGGCGGACCAUAUCAUGGUCGAUGAUGAGAACUUGGACCACGAGUACUUGCCCAUUCUCGGACUGGAGAACUUCCGCAAGGCCUCGGCUAAGUUGAUCUUGGGCGAGAACUCCAAGGCCAUUGCCGAGGGUCGUGUCGGUUCCGCUCAGUGCAUCUCUGGAACUGGAGCCGUCUACGCUGGAGCUCACUUCUUGUCCAAGCACUACCCCUUCAAGGGCGCCGCCUGUUACAUCUCCAAGCCCACUUGGGCCAACCACCGUGCCAUCUUUGAGGGAGUCGGUAUCCCCGUCCUCGAGUACCCCUAUUGGAAUCCCGAGACCAAGGGCCUCGACCUCAAGGGCAUGCUCGGUGCCAUGGAGGCUGCCCCCUCUGGAUCGAUCUUCCUCCUCCACCCCUGUGCCCACAACCCCACCGGUGUCGACCCCACCCCCGAUCAAUGGAAGCAAAUCGCCGACGUCAUGGAGGCCCGCGGCCACUUCACCUUCUUUGACACCGCCUACCAGGGCUUCGCUUCGGGCUCCCUCGACAAGGACGCUUACUCUGUCCGUUACUUUGUCGAGCGCGGCUUUGAGAUGUUCAUCGCCCAGUCGUUCUCCAAGAACUUUGGUCUCUACUCUGAGCGUGCCGGUAACCUCACGAUUGUUGCAAAGACCCCCGAAAUCAAGAACACGAUCGAGUCCCAAAUCGCAAAGGCCCAACGUGCCGUCAUUUCCAACCCUCCUGCCUAUGGAUCCCGUGUUGUCUCCCUCGUCUUGAACGACGAGACUCUUUACAAGGAGUGGGAGGAGAACCUGUCGUCCAUGGCCAACAGAAUCAUUGCCAUGCGCCAGGCUCUCUUUGACGAGCUCGUUGCCUUGGGAACCCCCGGCACCUGGAACCACAUUGUUGAUCAGAUUGGAAUGUUCUCCUUCACGGGAUUGUCGACUCCUCAGGUCAAGGUCCUCAAGGAGAAGUACCACUGCUACUUGACCGAUAACGGACGUAUCUCCAUGGCUGGACUCAACACCAAGAACGUCAAGUACUUUGCUGCCGCCGUCGAUGAUGUCGUCCGCAACGUCUAA